GAGUUUCGGGAAUGUUAACAUUGUUGAUGUCGGGAAAGGCCAUAAGCCCGUUGAUGUUGUAAUCCAGACUACAUACAGAUGUACUCUUUAUAAAACGAAAAGAGGGCAUCAAAACUAAAUCAGGGCGCCUUUAAACGGAUCUGUCUCCUCGUUUUCAGUUUAUUUUGAUAUAUAUAACUGAUAAAGUUAAUGUCUUUUCUGUAAGCCUCAGCAGCAGGUGUAAUGAUAGCACACCUAUUGUCUGGCCGACCUUGCCUGUAAGGGCUGCUGAAGAUGUAUCAGAUUAGCAUGUUCAGUGUUGUUAAGUAACCUGUGAUGGAAAACAACCACAGAAAAGCUCUACAGAAAACACGGACAACGCUUGUCCGUGACCUUGAUCCUAGCGGGGAUUUACAAGACCUGUUGGUGUCUGAAGGCAUAUUUACCCCAUUAAUGUCGGAGGACAUACAGGCUGAAAGGUCAAGAGCUGAUAAAGUUCGACGUCUUUUAGACAACUUGAUUAGAAGGGGGCCCAAAGCCUAUGCAAUCUUUUUAAAAUGUCUACGAAACUCUGGACAUGAGCAUUUGGCAAAUGCUGUGGAGGAUAAUGAAUACCAAUUGAGGGGGCUACCAGUUCCUCCUAGGGCAGUUGAGUGUCAGGAGAGAGAAGGGCAAUCAACCAGCACUGUUUAUACACGCCAGCAUGGCCAGGUUACGCUUCCAGAGCACACAAUGGGAGACAUUGAGGUUCAGGCCCCACAGGGUUUAUACACUCAGACACAAGGAUACCCUACCGAACAAUUCCAGCCCUCCCAGGAAAAUAACCCGUAUGGGAGUUUAUUGGCCCCAUCGGGUACUAGUAUCAAUCAAGGGCUAGCCAAUCAGAUGGCUGGAAAUAGCCAUGUGACCCUUGGCCAAGCAGCUUCUGGUCAGCGAAAUGAGGAUAUGAUGGAGGUGGCAGAUAGUCAACCAGCACUGGCUCAACCACCAUCAGCAUCUGGUAUGUACAGUCAAAGUCAACCAGCACUGGCUCAACCACUAUCAGCAUCUGGUACGUACAGUCGAAGUCAACCAGCACUGGCUCAACCACCAUCAGCAUCUGAACCUGCACAGCCAGCACCACCAGCACAGAGCGCAUAUCAGAGAGUCGCAUUAGAGAGGAAGUACAAAAUGGAAUCGGACCCCAGGGGCUUGUGUCUCAUCAUUAACAACAAGAACUAUAGGACUAUGUCCUGUCGUACUGGGACUGAUGUUGACCGAGAUCAGCUUCGGGACCUGUUCCAGCAGCUCAACUUUUGGGUUGAUAUCAAGAAUGAUUUGCCAGGAAUGGAAAUGAAACGACAGCUUGAAAAGCUAACACGAUUUGAUGGUUUGCCUAGAGUUGACUCCCUUGUUAUAUGUUUCCUGUGUCAUGGAGAUAGCGGAAAAGUGUAUGGAACUGAUGGUGUAGCACUCAACCUCCUUAAUGAUGCUUUCAAGAUAUUUGGUCCACAGUCCUGUCCAGCUCUGAUAGGAAAACCCAAACUAUUUGUAUUGAAUUCUUGCAGAGGAGGGGCACUUGAUGUAGGAAACCAUUUUAAUACCAUUGGCAACCAUUUAACUAGAGGCAAUUCAGAAACAGAUUUGAGGCACCACCUUCCACGAAAUGUCCCUGAUGUUCAACCCACAACACCAUUGGCAUUACCAGAAACAAAUCCAUCGUUCAAGGAUCUCUACAUUGCUUAUUCAACUUUCCCAGGACAUGUAUCCUACAGAAACACACAGGAAGGCAGCUGGUUUGUUCAGAAACUGGUAGAGGUUUUCAGAGAGGAAGCAUCAGCUCAUGAUAUUGACAUUAUGAUGAGAGAGGUCAAUAGACGUGUUGCAAAUAUGUAUGAUGUCAACUCUCUUGCGGUUCAGAUGCCAGCACCUUCCAACACCCUUACCAGACAGUGGUACUUCAAUCCUGUGUAACUUGGAGAAACAAAUAAUUCUUCAACCUUGUAAGACUGACCACCCUUGGUUCUCCAGUGCAGUAUAACUGACCACCAUUGGUUCCUCAGUGCAGUAUAACUGAAAUAACUAAAUGUCAUUUUUCAAAAUAGCCAUUGAACAUCCAUUUUGCCAAUGAUGUGAAUUUUUGUCAUGUGAGAUAUUUAUAUUAAACACCAUGGCAUAUAAAUAUGAAUCAAAGUUGUAAACUGGUUUACAAGGGUGCAGUAUACUUGAGUAAUACAUUUAUAUGUAUGUUACCUUGGUUUUACUGGUGUACCCAGUUGUAAAGGUUGGAAUCGGCAUCCAGGAAAGUAAAUUUACGAGGACUGACAUCUCUAUAAGAGUUGUCUUGUGCAUAGUCACUCAUUGACAGGGGAAUAACCAUUACAGCUUGUUGAGAUAAAAUUAAUGACCAAGUGUAAUUGAGACAAUUUUUAUGUUCAAUUAUAGAGUUUCCUGUUGUCCCAUAGUUGAGAGGUAUAAAAUUAAUUGCUGGCUGUCAGUGCACCGGUGCUGGCCAUAGAAUUAAUUUCUUAUGUCAGAUAAGGCUUAGUAUAUGAUCAUGACCUGUCGGGGUCAAGGGAUGCUGAACUGUAUUGCCUGCCUAUUUGCACCUGAUAAUGAUGUGAUAUGAUAUUACACUGUAUCUAUGUUAUUUGGCAGUCCUAGAUGAGGCCUUUGAGCUAGGCACACGUCUAUGUUAACCCUUGAGGACUAAUACAACAGUUAACACAACGAUAAGUGUUUAUUAUUUGUAUCCGAGAGACUUGGAGGGUAACACAGCUCUAGUCUGCCUAGCUGUACAGAAUGGGAAUAUCCACGUGAAUGAGUGAUGUCUUUCUAGGAGGAGUCAUAGUAAAUAUUCUUUAUACUUGAGUUGUGACUCACACUAAUUUAUUUCAAAUUCAAUAAAGGUGUUAUAUAUUUAUAUACAUAAUGUAUGGACAUAUGCUUGCAUGUGUGUAAGUGAGUAUGUGUGCUGGGGGCAAGGAUUUUUGGUUUAAUUGGCUUGCCUCUAUGCGACAGCACAUAUCUGAUGCUGACUUUAUAGUGUUAUAUUACUAAAAUACUAUGCCCAAUGCACCCAGCAUUGCACUCUGCCUGGUCACAUCAUGUACAGACUACAGGUGAUCCAGUUGUUGCAAUUUCCUAAAUUGCUGAACGUUAAGCAUGAAUAAAACUGCCAUUUUCUAAUUAUUUUGGUAUGUUCCGGCAUGGAAACAGAAACCAUUGCUUCCUGACCCGAGCAAAUAUUCAAGAUUAAAGCCAAAACCCUUACCUACAAAUUACGCAGUUGUUCCGCGAGUGUGGAAAAAAUGCGGAAAAUGUGUGGAUUUUUUAUUUUUACGCAUGUUUUACGCAAAUGCGGAAACGGUGGUGUGGAAAAUGUGUGUAAAAUAUGCGGAAUUUUGACUUAGUCAUUUUAAAAUGCGGAAAAUAUGUGGAUUUUUUAUUUUUAUGCAUAUUUUACGCAAAUGCGGAAAUCAUGAUGUGGAAAAUGUGUGUAAAAUAUGCGGAAAUUUGACUUAGUCAUUUUUAAAUGCAAUUUUGGACUUAGAAUAAUUUCAAGGUGUAACAUUCUGGACUUAGAAAUUUUUUCAAAAUAUAUGAGAUUUUCAAUGGAUUUUUUUCCCCUGGUUUCUGUAUGCCAACGAUAUUUUAAUCAUAUGAAUAGUAGUUUCUUCAAAACAUAUGAUUAAAAAGUUCAUGCAAAUAAAUAUCCGGGUUAACAAGAUUGAUUAUAACUUGAAAGAACUUGUUUCAUAAUUGUUUUAAAAUAAAUAAAGUAUAUAUUUUAACAGUGUCUCAUGGUCCUGACACUCAAUGCAAGGACUCACUCAAAUAACAAAGUUACCAGUUAUUUGGUGUUACCAUGCAUAUGGUGCAUACAAAUCCUUAUUGGAUUCUGAGUUUUUUUUAUCAAUCAAUGUGUUUUAUUCAAAUAUUUGGAAUUAUUUGGGUUCAUUUGUCAGGGACAAAUGUAUAUAAAAAGCACUAGAAGCAAUUUGUAUUUAGCUGUUUACAUUGUAAUUAUGUAUACUUAUACAUGUAGCAUGUUCUAGGUAUGAACAUUUUAAAAUCAAUGGAAGCGCAGUUGCUGGAUAAACCACGUCACACACACGACCAUGACAAAAAAGUGCCUACAUGUAAAAACAGACAUUACCAUGUGCUGAUGACAUGACAAUCAAAUGACAUCAUAAUGUCAUGGCAUGAAUUUGUAUGUAAUUAAGCCUCCAGCAGUAAAUGUUAUGUCUUAGGCGGGUCAGGAGACAAGAGUUGGCCACAAAUAUGACUUUGCAUUGUGUAAUUUUGAAUGUUUUACAAACUGUACAAAUUUUGGAAUAUAGAACCAGUGGCCAACUGCAGUCAACUCCUGAUCAACCCACCUUCUCCUGAUUAAUUAAAGUGUGAGGAAAGACCCAAAACAACACCAGAGUUCAAGUUCCACAAGUUUAUUACAUAUUUAAAUCAUAGUGUGGUUUCAUUGAACAGAAAUGAAAAGAGCAAAACAAACAAAAAUCAGUUAACUGAAAUGUAAAGCCUGUACAAACAGUGGAA